UUAGUAUUGCACACUAGCUUACAGCGAGGAAAUACUUCCUUUACUCUCUUGAACUCGUUUGAACAGAUUUACUUUCAUUUUCAGUUUCGUACUUCCGGUACAGGUCCUUUUUCCGGUGUUCCUUCAACUAAUUCAACAUGAGUGAAGGGGCGGCCACCAUUCGAACUAGAAAGUUCAUGACAAAUCGUUUGCUGUGUAGGAAGCAAAUGAUCGUCGAUGUCUUGCACCCUGGCAAGGCAACCAUCCCCAAAACAGAAGUCCGAGAAAAACUCGCCAAGAUGUACAAGACAACACCAGAUGUCAUUUUCUGUUUUGGGUUCAGGACCAAGUUUGGUGGCGGUAAAACAUCAGGAUUUGGUCUAAUCUACGACAGCUUAGACUUUGCCAAGAAGUUUGAACCUAAAUACAGAUUACAAAGACACGGUCUAGUUGAAAUUAAGAGAACCGGCAGAAAACAAAGGAAAGAAAGGAAGAAUAGGCAAAAGAAAGUUAGGGGUACAAAGAAGGCUAAAGUUGGAACCGGCAAGAAGGUAAGGCUCUUCAAAACAACUGCUGGGGCUCAAAAAUCCGCCAUCUGUGUCCAACACAGAAUGCAUUCAAUGGUAGUUUAUACAAGUGACCCCUGGAGUGUUCAACAUCUUCAAACACAUCGUCUACACUCUAGGUUUGAUACCAAAGGGGAAGUGUAAUAGAUAAUCAUUGUAUUUAUUGAAAGGAGUUAAAAAUCUGAACUUGUAAAGAAUUUUAGAAAGUGGAUUAUGAAGGAUGUCACUUUACAUUCUAUGUAUCGAACAAGGCAUUGGUCCUCCUCACCAGUCCAGGACUCUGUAACGUGGCGUGGUCGAGGACUGGUGCAGAUACUGAUACGUAGGAUGAAAGAGACUCCCGCUUUAUUACUCAACUGUGUACAUUAGAAAUACAGACCCACACAAGUGGCAUUCAUGACAUAGUGAUCGGAAAUCUUGUGCAAACGUGCUAUAAAUAUAAUUAUUAUAUACUUUCAAUUUCAUCUCUUCUUUUUUCUUUGAAAGUUUGCGGGCAUAUAUCACACGAUAUAUGCCCGGAAACAUUCCGGCCCGCAAACAUUACGUCACAAUCAAAUUUCUACGCCGUUAAAAUUCAAAUUUUUCGUGUUUUUCAUCUUUUACUCAGUUAAACCGAUAAAGUUAUUGUUAAAAAUAAAAUUGUUGUUAGUUUCUAAAUGAAAUUGAAAGUAUAUAAUAAAAAGGUUAUAGACUUUGUAUGGGAAAUAUGACGACCUCGUUUUUUGUAGCGAACGGACCUACGCGCCAAAAAACUCAGUCGUCAUAUUUUCCCAUACAAAGUCUAUAACCUAUAAAUACGAGGUAAAUUGAACACUCAACUGUCUGCCAUGCGAUGUUGGUGACCUGGAGGAUCGAAGGUCUCUGGUUGAGCAGUGUUCUGAUUAAGACACGGUUGAAUGAUAAAUGUGCAGUGGCUAUGAUAAAAAUGAUUGUAAGGUGUAGGAUAUAAUGCUGUUAAUGUUGUUUACAGAAGUAAACCAUGGUGUCUCAGGUAUAAAGCUUUUGUGUGUUGUGUUUUUCCUCUGUUUUUCUUAGCUAAUGCAAACCAUUUGCUCUGUUCUAUCAAAUUUAGUGAUAUUGCUGUGCUGAUGAGCUAGAACUGUAAUAUUGCUGCAUUACUUUUAAUGAUAACAGCUUUGGCAGCGAGUCUGUAGAGGUUCCCAUGAACAAGAUAUUGUCUGUCUAGCCGAUUUAUUUUGUUAUGACAUCGAUAUCUUAUAAUCGACCACAUGAAUUCUGAAAAUAAAUUCCAGACGGUAAUAGAUCGGAUCACAUACAGUCUUAUUCAGAUAUUCUAUAUCAGAUUGGGACAUGUCUGACAUAAUGCAGGUGCUUCGUGAUUGAGUGGUCCGAUAUUCAGACCCUGGCAACCGCAUCAAACAUAAGAUGUUCGAAAACGGUAGUGACAGUUUCUUUGCCAAUUGCUCUGCAUUAAAAGCGAGAAUUGCAUUGGCACAAUAAAAAACCCUAGCUGCUACAGCCUUGCGUCAGAGGUCAGCUGUGUGGCACAUGAGAAAUAAGUAGCAAGACUGUUCACCCAACAGUCAUUGUAAUAAUGCUACUUUCAAAUUUUCAUCUGUCGCAGCAGGACAAUAUCAUUUGUGACUUAAUCAACUCCCACCCUUAAGAUCCAAGUGUUCAAUUAACUCCCUUGAAUGUGUGCACCUUUUGUAAAGCACUUUCUUUUUUCAAUUUUUGUUGAUCAAUCAUUAAUAGCUAACAAUUAACUCCCUUGAAUGUGUGCACCUUUUGUAAAGCACUUUCUUUUUUCAAUUUUUGUUGAUCAAUCAUUAAUAGCUAACAAUUUGAAGUGGACUAAUUAUGAAAGUGCUAAUGUACAAUUAUAGCAUGGUGUUAGCCAAGAGCUCAGUAUCAAUGGAAUCCUUUUGAAUGAUGCAAUCAAACCUUGUUUUGACCAAAAUCAACAUGCUGUAAUUGCUUCAUUUCAUCUGAAUGAACAUGCUACAAAUUUUAUUUUAUUUUAUUCCACUUGAUUUAUACUGAAACAUGUUUUAACAAUGAGACUAAGUCACUAUUUGGGUAAGAAUUACAUGGACAGGAGGUUUGAACAAUGAUUAAAUACUGGCAAAGGAAAUUUCCAAUACAGAUUUAUUUUUGGAAACAUUGAUAAGUUUACAAUUUCAUCUUAGAAUGUUAAACAAUAUUUCAUGAUUAACCACAACAUGGUAUCAGGAUAUAUCAUUGAAGAGGUUUUACAAACCAAUCAAACAUAUCAUUAUAAUGAUAUGGUAUUCAUAAAUCAAGUAAAAAGUAAUGUCAUGAAUGAAAUAGAAUGGAGCAUUGUUUAAAAUUUGGGGGUUGGGGGGGGGGGUAUUUUAUUCUGUUGUUUAUGUGUACAGUAUAGUGAAUCAAAUUAAGAAUUUGUAGUGACUUUCUUGGAAUGAAAAACCUGCAUGCUUCUUACAAGGAAAGUUGAUAUGUGGAGUUCAUGCUCCAUGUCAUCAUUUGAAGAAUGUUUGAGCUCGAACUGCAUGGAGAAAAUAAAAUCAGAUGGAGUCACAAUUUUUAGAAAAAAUUUAAAUGUUUUACUUCCUAUGUUCAUUAUAUAAGUGAUAUUAAGAUAAAUAUGCUUCAACCUAUAAAUAUGAGAUGUGAAUAUUAACAAUAUUUUGAAAUUGAAUAUUAAGUUUAAUGCUCGUUGUUGAGUGGGUCUGGGGUGUAGUGAACACCAUAACAUAAACAGUCUAAGCAUUCAAGGUGGACAGUUUUGGCGGUGAGCAGGUUCCCCCCUAUAGAAGGAGGUGCGGUUUAAAGAGAAAACUUCACUGAUAAAUUGGUUGAUAGGUUAUAUCUACAGACACCACCAAAACUGGGCUUCCUCAGAAUUUGAUUUUACUAUAUAUAAAUGUUUACAUUUACUAUAUUGCCUUUUUCUUUUUUCUUUUUCAGUGAGAUGGUGGGUGCAGGAGGCUGGACAGUUAUUGUUAUAGUGUAAUAAAUAAACCUUGUCCAGGA